AUGUCGGCACCCUUCUCUCCUGACUAUGCCUCUUACAACUGGACCGGUGCUCCUUCGAACUUCUCCUUAACCACUGACAAGGACUUGGGGGGCAAUUCAAGACUCGAGAAUUUAAACAAGUGGUUUCAAUCCGGUGACCAAGCCUACAUUCUCAUUGCCUCUGCAAUGGUGAUGAUUAUGAUUCCUGGACUUGCGUUUCUGUAUUCAGGUCUUGCUCGCCGAAAAUCUGCUCUCAGCAUGAUUUGGGUCUCUAUGGGCUCUAUGUCUGUAGUUUUUUUUCAGUGGUAUUUUUGGGGUUACUCUCUUGCAUUUUCACCCACUGCAACCAAUGGAUUCAUUGGCAAUUUGCGGAACAUCGGUCUUAUGAAGACGCUGGCGGAUCCCAGUCCUGGUUCUCCCCUUCUUUCUGGCCUGUUAUACGCGUUUUACCAGAUGCAAUUCUGCGCCGUCACUGCCGCUAUCACCAUGGGAGCUGUUGCAGAGCGUGGUCGCCUUAUGCCAGCUAUGGUAUUUGUUUUCUUUUGGGCAACACUUGUUUACUGCCCCAUCACUUGUUGGGUUUGGAAUCCCAAUGGCUGGGCCUACAAGUAUGGCGUAAUGGACUAUGCUGGUGGAGGCCCUGUCGAGAUUGUUUCUGGCAUGUCGGGUCUUGCUUACUCAAUGGUUCUUGGACGUCGUCAUGAGCGCAUGAUGCUCAAUUUUCGGCCUCACAACAUGUCAUUAAUUGUAUUAGGCACUGUUCUUCUUUGGUUUGGAUGGCUUGGGUUCAACGGCGGCUCUGCCUUUGGAGCGAAUCUGCGCGCAGUGAUUGCCUGUUGGAACUCCAACUUAACAGCAGCCUUUGCUGGGAUGACUUGGGUUCUUCUCGACUGGAGGCUUGCUCGAAAAUGGACCAUGGUUGGCUGGUGCUCCGGUACUAUUUCUGGCCUUGUCGCUGCCACUCCAGCAUCUGGUUUUCUCCCUCUCUGGGCCAGCGUUAUUCUCGGCAUUGUUACUGGUAUCGUAUCAAACUACAGCACAAACAUCAAAUUCUGGCUUCAAAUCGAUGACUCUAUGGAUAUUCUAGCCGAACACGGAAUUGCUGGAAUUGUUGGCCUCUUAUUCAAUGCUCUCUUUGGCGACGAUGCCAUUGUUGGUCUUGAUGGAGUGAACGUCGGUGCUACAAAUCCAGUGACCAACACACCUGUAGGUGGCUGGAUUAUCCAUAAUUACCGCCAACUAUACAUCCAACUUGCAUACAUCUGUGCAUGCUCUGCAUAUGCCUUUGCAGUCUCUUCAAUUAUUGCCUACGCUAUCAACUUUAUUCCAGGACUCCAGCUCCGUGUUACCGAAGAGGCCGAAUUGCUCGGUAUGGAUGACGACCAGCUUGGAGAGUUUGCAUACGAUUAUGUCGAAGUUCGACGCGACUAUCUUGCUUGGACUCCACAGAGAAUUGAACCUGGUGACCAGGGGACCCACGUUCCUCGCGCGGAGCUUUACGGCUUUCAGGAGCACAGUGCCAUGGCCUCACGCCCAGUCCAAAAUGGAAGAAUCUCCGCAUCUAACAGUGUGGAUAAUAUCCCCAAGGAAUGUUCCUCAGAUACACAAACACCAUCAGGGCCUGCAAGCCGGCAGCCUAGCCCAGAGAGAAGAAGUCGAUUGGCACGAGUUCUUCUCCCAAAGCGGGCUCCAACUUCUACAACACUCCCACAAACGGCGCCGUCCAACUCUCCCACAAACAUAGAAAUUCCACCAAGGAUGCCUGCUCCAACCCCCGAACAAUUAACGCAAGAUCACACUCAUCAAGAUAUUUUGAACGAGAAAACGACAUAG